UAAGCGAUAAGAAAAGGAGCUGAGAGAGAAAAGAAGAAUGCAGAAUAAGGCUAUUCUUCAACUUUGGUGAGACAUAAGCGAUAAUGAUUAUGUUAACAAGAUGUGAAUCCUCUUCAAAGCAGCAGUGUUCAUAAGCCAGAUAGAAAAUAAUGACCAAGCCAAUAUAGCCAUGGAACCUUGCAUUAAUACUAAUCCUGAUAUUUCAUUUCCAGAAUGCUCAACAAGAAGAAUAUGACGGCGCAGAGCAAUAUAUAGCAGGGGAUGGCCACGAACAUGGACAGCCUGGCUUUCGUCAGGAGAAGCUGUUUGAUGAAAAGCACUUUGACGCCAACAACCCUGUCUUUGAAGGAGCUGAUGUUUCAAAGGGACAACUGCUAGCGAUGCUGAUGGAGGUGUGCCUAAGGCACGGAUUAUCUGGUGUUGCCAUGAAAGACCUUCUCGAUUUGUUUAAUACCGUCAUUCCAGGAUGUGUUCCCUCAAGCAAGUGGUACUUGGACAAAGCUUUCUUCAAUCUGUCCGACAAGGCAGAGUUGCACUUCUAUUGCACGGACUGUGUAGGAUACAUCGGCAAAGGACCAGACUACCAUUGUGAAACUUGCCUGAAGCAUUGGCACAAGGAGGAACUUCUCAAAUCUGCAAGUUACUUUCUGGUGAUGCCUUUAGCCGAUCAGCUCAAAAACAUCUUGCCACAGUCGGCACUGCGGGGCCACUUUCGACAUGAUGAGAGUGUAGGAGACAUAAACACAGGAAAGCUAUACCAAGAUCAGGGUGAUUUUAUUGACAAUCCAGAUAAUGUCACCAUAUCUUUCAAUUGUGACGGCGUUCCCGUUUUCAAAUCUUCGCAGUAUUCUCUUUGGCCAAUACUCUGCACAAUAAACGAGCUGUCACUGGACGAAAGAGGCAAAUCCAUUAUGUUGCAUAGUUUGUGGUUUGGGCGGCACAAACCCCGGGUCGACACCUAUUUCGCUCCGUUCAUUGCUGAGCUCCAGAGUUUACAUGAGAAUGGUGUAGCUUGGAUCGAUAGUACUGGCCUGCAGAGGAAUAGUAGAGUGCAUGCACUAGUUUGUGUCUGUGAUGCUGUGGCGCGGGCCAUGAUUCAAAACUUUAAACAGUUUAACGGAAAAUAUGGAUGUGGCUUUUGUUGCCAUGAAGGUGAAGUUGUUGACAAGGGAAAGGGGCACACCAGGGUGUAUCCUGUACAAGCUGAUAUUGUACCGUUAAGAUCCAUGGCGAGCACAGUUGAGUUAGCCGAAAGAGCAACUGAGAGCGGCGAAGCUCAGAUGGGUGUAAAAGGGGCGAGUCCUUUGUUUCUGUUACCUUCCUUUGACUUUGUCAAAGGAUUUGUACCAGAUUACAUGCAUUCUGUGUGUCUAGGAGUCGUUAGACAGUUUACCAACCUGUGGCUUGAUGGCAAGUAUAGUGCCGAAGAAUAUCACCUACUCCCUGACCAAAUGAGACAGAUUGACAGUGCCCUAUGUGAGAUCAAGCCCCCAAGUGAAGUCCGGCGAAACCCAAGACCGCUUUUUGAGAGAGCCUUUUGGAAAGCCACUGAAUGGAGAGCGUUUCUGUUGUUGUAUUCCCCAGUUGUUAUGAAAGACUUUCUACCCAGGAGGUUUUACAAACAUUGGAUGCUACUUGCAUUUGCAUUACAUAUUCUUCUCUCCUCCGUGACAACGCAGGAUCAGGUCAACUGUGCAGAACUGUGUCUGGUCCAGUUUGUGGCACAGAUUCCUCAACUGUAUGGCAUCGAACACUGCUCAUAUAACUCUCAUUUGCUUGUGCAUCUGGCACAGAGUGUGAGGGACUGGGGGUCGUUGUGGGCCAACUCUGCAUUUGUAUAUGAAGAUGCAAAUGGGAAGUUACUUGAUUUGUUCAAUGGCACGCAGGCGGUACCUUGUCAGAUUUUUAAGUACUUCUUUGCCCAGCAGAGGUUAAUUCGUUCAGGAACUGCAGUGUUUGAGGACGCACCAAGACCAGUCAGUGAGCUUUUUUGUCGAUUAACCGGUUUGGAUUAUCUGACGAAGGCAGGAACUGUCAUUGCCAGGCACAUAGUGAUGUUGGGGAAAUGUAAUUACAGGCAGUUAUCUGCGUGUGAAAGAGUUGCACUGGAAAAUAGAUUCCCAUUAAACGAUUAUCUGCACAAUAUUCCUUGUCGAAUAUUCAAACGUUGUGUUGUAUGGAAAAUGUUACUGACAACCCAAGGCUACGCAGCUGGCUACAAGAGAAACAAUUCUGUAAUUGCAACAGAAGGAACAUAUGGGUUGAUAGCUUCUUUUGUAGUCUUAUCCAAAGUCUGUCAAUGCGAACAAGAUUGUUCAUGCUCUGAGUUGCUUAUAUAUUAUUAUGAGUUGUCUCCGACGCAAAACCAAUUUGUCGUCUAUGACGGUGAUAUCAAUGUCAAUGUGUCAAAGUUCCUUGUUCAGGUUGAGAACACUGGACGUUUGAUGGUGUGCACCUCAAGGGAAGUGAAGGCCAAGUGUACUCUUGUGGAACAUGCUAACCGUGUUCACGUUGUAAAAAUGCCUGCAUUUGAAAGGGACUAAAAAUAAGUUUCUCUGUGAUAAUCUACACUGCUCAUUCGUUCAUAUAUAGUUAUUCUAUAGAGAGUCUUCGGUCAAAUUGACAAAACUUUAUGUUAGUAAACUUCAGAGUAAAUUU